AUGAAACGCUCAUCGCUAUCGUGUUCUGUUGUUUUUGCUUGUUUGUCUUUGUGUGUAAAUAAAUUCUCGUGUUUCCUUGCACGUACACAGAGGGUCCCGUCGUCCCAACCAUGUGAACUACAACUGAAACCGAAACCAUUUGGCAAUCCAAGACGCGUCUGUGAUUUUUCUGCAAGGUGCAUUCUGGUGAGCACUGCCAUUACACGAUGCCUGAGGACAGCAGGCUUAGAUAGCGCCGUUUCGGGAAGUGGACAUGCCACUGAACACUUCCAAGCGCUAGCUAGUUUAGAACUGCUUGUAUGA